AUGGGAUCCAAGAAAGUGAACAAGCCGGCAAAGUUGGAGCCUCCUAAGCUUUCAGAAAAGGUGAAGAAGGCUGAAUUGAGCACCAGUGGAAGUUCGAGUUCGAGUUCUGGUUCGAGCUCAAGCUCAAGCUCUAGCUCAAGUUCUAGCUCUAGUUCUAGCUCUAGUUCUAGCUCUAGCUCCAGCUCGAGUUCGAGUUCUAGCUCCUCUUCCAGCUCUAGUUCUAGCUCUAGCGACUUGAGCACCUCAGAGGAUGACAAGGAGAAGUCCAAGAAGCGCAAAAAGGUUACCAAGACUAAGAAGACAACAAAGAAGCAAAAGUUGGAAACUUCAAAGAGCUCUUCCAGCUCUUCUAGCGAAUCCUCCUCAGAUUCCAGCUCAUCUAGCUCCAGCUCCAGCUCAUCUAACUCCAGCUCCAGCUCAUCAAGCUCCAGCUCCUCAAGUUCCUCUUCUGAGAGCGAAUCGGAAGACAAAAAACCCGAAGAAAAGCAAAAGGAACAAAACAAGAGCUCUAGCAGCGGUUCUUCUAGUGACUCAUCUAGCAGCGGUUCUUCCAGUGAUUCAUCCAGCUCAUCUAGUUCCUCUGAUAGCGACUCCGAGAAGAACGAUUCUUCAGAUAGCUCUUCUUCCAGCUCCUCUUCGAGCUCUUCGUCUGACAGUGACUCCUCAAGUGAUUCUUCUAGCGAUUCUAGCUCGGGGUCCUCCUCGGACAGCGAAAGUGGUUCUCCCAAUGGCGAGUCCUCCAGUUCGUCUUCAGAUAGCGACUCGUCUAGUUCGUCCAGCUCCUCAAGCUCCUCCUCGGACUCGUCUGACUCUUCUUCUAGCUCUGAUAGCGAUUCUUCUUCGAGCUCUGAUAGCGACUCCGAGAGCCCAUCUGAUAGCAAAUCCGAGGCCGCUAAAAGCGCAGAUGUGAAACCGGACAACAAAGGCUCUGACGAACAAUCAGGCUCUUCUUCCAAAACCGCAUCUCCCGAUGUCCCUGACUCUAAAAAGAUGUACAUCUCUGCUGGUACCGAUGAGUUGAAAGCUGGCCAGCGCAAUCAUUUCUCGAGAGUUGACAGAUCGACUAUCAGUUUCGAAGACCAUACUCUUACUGAUAAUACUUAUAAAGGCGCUGCAGGUUCUUGGGGCGAAAUCGCCAAUGAUAAGCUGGGCAGAGUUAGAGGUAAAGACUUUACUAAAAACAAAAACAAAAUGAAAAGAGGUUCUUACAGAGGCGGAAGUAUCACUUUGUCCACCGGUUCCUACAAAUUUACAGAUUAA